UCGCUGAACAGCUCUGAGUAUAUCUUAACUCAAGAGAAUAACACUGGUCGGAAGCAAACAAAAGUAAACCUCGUCUCCGGUAACCAAAAUGGUUUCUAUGACUGCUUCUUCUUCUUCUUACGCACCAUUCUCUACAGUCUUCAACAGUUCCAGACCCAAUUCAUCUUCUUCAACCUUUGUCAUCUCUUCCUUCAAAUUCUCCACCGGAGUAUCCAAUUUCGCGAAUCUGAGUAAUGGGUUUUCUCUAAAAUCCCCGAUUAAUCCUGGGUUCCUCUUCAAGUCUCGUCCUUUCAGUGUUCAAGCUAGAGCUGCUGCUGAGAAGACCGUUCACGAUUUCACCGUUAAGGACAUUGAUGGGAAUGAUGUUGCUUUGAACAAAUUCAAGGGGAAAGUUAUGUUGAUCGUCAAUGUCGCUUCAAGAUGUGGUCUCACAUCAUCAAAUUACUCAGAGCUUUCACAUCUGUAUGAGAAAUACAAGAGCCAAGGAUUUGAGAUUCUAGCUUUUCCCUGCAAUCAGUUUGGUGGCCAAGAGCCUGGUUCAAAUCCCGAGAUCAAACAAUUCGCUUGCACCCGGUUCAAAGCAGAGUUCCCUAUAUUUGAUAAGGUUGACGUGAAUGGACCGAGCACAGCGCCCAUCUACGAAUUCUUGAAAUCAAACGCAGGAGGAUUCUUAGGUGGUCUCAUUAAAUGGAACUUUGAGAAGUUCUUAAUUGAUAAAAAGGGAAAGGUAGUUGAGAGGUACCCUCCCACCACAUCCCCUUUCCAAAUCGAGAAGGACAUCCAGAAGUUGCUUGCCGCUUAAACACAUUUGCAAAUGAGAGAUUAUGAGAGAGCAUAUAGAGGACUGAUGGUAAAAAUAACUAGAAACUGUGACAUAAAGUUUCCGGUUAUUGCUUGUAUUAUACCUUCCAAUAAGUAAUAUAUUAUUUAAUAAAGAACAAAAAAAAAACAUUAUUAUA